AACACGUGUGGUGGUGGUGGGGUGGUGGUUGGUUAGGUUCUUCGAUCAAUAUCACGUUUGGUAAACAAAAUACGAAGAAAUAUAAUUUGAAGAAUAUUUCUAAUAAAUUUGUUUAACUUUGCUGUUUGUAGUACCAUGCCAGACAUUGAAAUGACGGAAAGAGUUCCUGAAAAUGGUUCUGAUGCAGAUUCAGAUAAUUUGAACAGCGUAGAUAGUGAUUCGAAUGGCCCCAAAAACAGCAUCACUAAAAAGAAGACAAGAAAGCGGGGGAUUGUAUAUCUAUCCACGAUUCCACCUUACAUGAAUGUUGCAAAGGUCCGAGAAAUAUUUAGUCAGUAUGGAGACGUUGGAAGGAUAUUUCUACAACCUAGUGGGAAACCCGGUGAAAAAAGAAAACGUGUGGCAAACCAGUUCACGGAGGGCUGGGUGGAGUUCCAAAAGAAGAAAGUAGCAAAACAGGUUGCCGCUAAUCUGAACAAUACCAAAAUUGGCACUAGAAAAAGAUCCCGUUACUUUGACAUGAUCUGGAACAUAAAGUACAUUCCUAGAUUUAAAUGGAUACACUUAAGUGAGAGACUGGCUUAUGAAAGAGCAGCUAUGAAGCAGAGACUUAGAGCUGAAAUAGCCCAAGCUAAGAAGGAAGCCCACUACCUACAGACUAAUGUUGAAAGGAGUAAGAAACUUAAAAAGAAGCAAACUGUUACAGAAUAAAACCAUAAUAAAACAACUGAUGAGUA